GAACGUCAGAGGCCUUGCAGACCUGAAGAAGAAAAAACCCUCCAAGGGCCCGAGGGGGACGGACGCCGGCGUCCCAAAACCCGCCGGUGACUUCUUCAAAAAACCGGAGGGGCCGUCGGUGGGCCCAAGUACUAAUGCUGCUGCUACCGCCAAAAGGAAGGGCUCGGGCAGAGAUCCCGAGGGCAAGAAGCCCAAGACCGGGGAUGCCGAGAAGAAAGUCCCCCCGGUGAUCAUUGUCGAUGAAGGCCCUGCCUCCGGGGCGAAUGAGGACAUGCAGGUGGCGAAAGUGCCGCCGGGAGUUCAGGGGCCAUCUUCCGAGGUCCUCAUGGUUUCCCUCCCGGCUGGUACGGCCGUGAUGAACGGUACGGCCGACCCGAGGGCGCUUCUAAGAGGCAUCACCCUCGAGAUUGACAGAGUGGCCCUCGGGGCUGAUGAAGACGAAACCCUCGAGGACAGGAUCCUCCGGUCUUCCCUCACAACCUGCAUUGCCCUCGGGGAGCAAGCACGGCGGCUAGAGGAGUGGCGCCUUCGCAAGGCCGAGCAGGAGGCCAAGAUGCGGGAGCUCAUCCGCCAGAAUGCAGACGCUGUUCGGCAGAUGGCUAUGCUGGAGGAGAGCCUUCGGCAGAUGACCCUGCGGGCGAAGGCCGCAG